AAAAAAAAAAAAAAGCCCAAGGCAGCGCAGAGUGCUUUAUUGGCCGCCGCACAAGCCCCGCGCUCUUCCCCGACCUCCUGCCCGGGCUGCGCUCGCGUUAACUUCAUAGCACCGGCGACAUGAAGACCUCAUACCUCCGGACAACUGGGGGCCCGUGUUGGAAGGAGAUCUAAGAUGAAGUUAUGGGAUGUUGUGGCUGUCUGUGUGGUGCUGUUCAACACGGUCUCCACCUCGCCCCUGCCCACCGGUAAGACGCCUCCCGAGGGGCCCCCUUCACUGGUAGAGGGGCCUGAAGACGAUCUCUCCCCCAUCAGCCUGCCGCCUCCCUAUGCUGUGCACAGUGACUCUAAUAUGCCAGAGGAUUAUCCAGAUCAGUUUGAUGAGGUAGUGGACUUUAUUCAAGCCACUAUUAAAAGACUGAGGAGGUCUCCAGAUAAACAAACUCCGAUUUUUUCUAGGCGGGAGAGAAAUCGGCAAAAUGCAGCCACAAACAUAGAGAAUUCCAGCAAAAAGGGAAGGAGGAAUCACAGGGGCAAAAAUCGAGGAUGUGUCUUAACAGAAUUACAUUUAAAUGUGACUGACUUGGAUUUGGGAUAUGAAACCAAAGAAGAGCUCAUUUUCCGGUAUUGCAGUGGAUCCUGUGAUGCAGCCGAGACCACGUAUGACAAAAUUUUAAAAAAUUUAACCAAAAAGAAAAAACUGGUCAAUGACAAAGUGAGGCAAGCUUGUUGCAGACCCACAGCCUUUGACGAUGACCUGUCAUUUUUGGACGAUAACUUGGUUUACCAUAUACUGAAAAAACAUUCCGCAAAAAGGUGUGGAUGCGUCUGACUAUUGUGCUUUGGAGAUUGCUCCAGUAUUGCAUUCCUGCUACAAUGCGAAGAGAGGGACCAAGGUUCCCAAGGAAACAUCUGCUCGGAACGGAGAAAAGAGGACCAAGAACGCAGAACAAGUGGUCAUGGGAGCCCAGUGGGGCAUGAGGCAGUGUAGAAAAACGGAGGCUCUUUAAGUCCGAUGGGAAAGUAAAUAAAAGCUCAGGUGGCGUUCCCGACGGUUGGAUGGCGUGUGCGCUCUCUUUCCUGUUUGACACAGUCUGCCAUCGGUGAGACUUGGAUCCAUGAGGAACGUGCUUAAAAACACAACCCUUCACUGCCGUGUUGUGUUGUAGCUUUCACCAUCCGUCCCAGGGAGCUUGCCCGAGGAGCAAGCUUACCUGUCAGCUGUGCCAUCAGCUUCGCUAUUGCUCAUUGGAGGGCAGCUCCUAAGCACUUAGGACAACUUUUAAAUUAUAGUAAGAUUAAUCUCAAAAGUAAGGUGGUAUCAGGCAAAUAUCAAAAUUCAUAGGCUCAAGGUCUCUAGGGCCAGUAUCAAUAGAAAGCAAAACAGUUCCACUUGCUGGUUAAGUCUGGUUAUUUCCAUCUCAUAUUUCUUCAGAACAAUCAAGUGUAGGAUUUCAUUCUUCUGCUACCUAUGAAAAGAAGUUGAGUUUUUAAGCACUUCUUCCUACUAAAGUAAGAGAAAAAGCAAGUCCUGGCCUACACAAAACAUGUUUCUUUUGGUUUACAAAGGACUGAUGUCACUUACAUAACUACAUUUAUAUUUGGUCAUUGUGAGUGAGCAGAGACUACUUGAUGCAAUGCAUCCGUUCAGAGACAUAAAUAUACAGAAGAUAUUUAUUGAGAUUAAGUUAUUGUUAUUUAUUACAGUCAGUAAUGAGUCUCCUUUCCUUAUUUAUUAAAGUUUCUUUUCAAAGGUGCCAAAGUAGAAGGUGCUUGGAAGAUACAGAGAGACAAUUAAGUUGGGAACAACGGUCCAUGCUUUUGAAAGUAUUAACUUGAAUGCAAAAAAUCACUUACUUUACCUUUUUUUCUUUUAAACAAAAUCCUGGUUAUGUUCACAAAAUGUAGUACCAAAGUCUGCAGCCCUUCUUCUUGUUCACUAAUACUUUUCAAAAUCACUACGGUCGUGUAUGUACAGGAGCAAAAAGGGCUCCGCCCGAGCGAGGGUCGCAGAACUUGGCUCAUCAUUAGCAAUUUGUUAGAAAAAAUAAUUCUAGUCAUAUUUUAAAUGUAGCCACAUUCUUUUCACAUGUUUUGCCAACUGACCUCAUAUAAAUAUUGACGAAUGGAAAUUAAUCACAUUUAGCCUUAUAAUUUCUUAUGUUAUGUUUAUUUAAGUUUUUCCUUCCAUAUUUCCAUAUAGGAAAGGUUAAACCCCUCUUAUAGUUAGUCCUGGAUUUAAUAUAACCUGCAAGUAAACAAUUGUGUUAAAUAACCAAAGUGUUUUGUAUAAUUUGCUGAAACAUUACAGGAUCAUACCCACACAGAAGAACAGUGAGUUUCUCUCUAGAACGUUUCUUUAUGAUGAGGGAGGUUAUACAGCAAAAGCAUUAAUAUCUAACCCUUAAUGCAAGCUCUCGUUCUGGAGAUUUCUUUCCUGAAGGACAGCAGCAGUGCAGGUCACUAAACAUAUCUAACAACUGAAGUGAAGCAUCAACUCCCGCAAAAAGAAUAGGAAAAAAAAUUCCUGCUGAAAAACAAAAAUGAUGACCCCAGCUUUUAUUCCAUGCACACAGUGGCUCUUCAUGUUCGCUUUGUCCUGAGCCCCUCCAGGCACCACAGAGGAAGGUCUCGUCACCAGAAACUUCACAACACACAUAAAAAGAUGUACCACACGUAAGAAACGUAAUUCAGCCCCAACCAUCGCUGCUUUCUGGGGCUGGUGGGUGGCACCGAGCCAGCCUGAGUGCCAGCCCGCGGGCACAGCCCUGCCCCGGGGCCUCCCCGAGGCGCAGAGCACCCCAUCCAGCACUGCGACCGUCCCAUGUAACCUCUGUGUGGGACAGGGCAUGGCAAGCCUAGUAUCACCAGCAUCUGCAUACUUUGCAUAGUAAAACCCCGCUAAGCCUGGGCACAGCUGCACUGCUGAGCAGAUCAGUUGAGCGCAGCAGUCAGAGAUAAGCUUUUUGCUUAUUGCCUGAAUAUAGUACUGGUUGUUGAAAACUUGCUCCCAAGCAUUUUUCUGUGCAGCUUGAAGGGGCUGCAAUCAUAGCAGAUCACUACGUUCAAAAUACAAAAGGGUAAAGUUUGUGAUUUUUUUUAGACCUUAUUGAAAACAGGAGUGUGCUUCUCUGGAGUUUUUUACUUCACCUACAAUUUAUGUCUCAGUCAUUUGUGUUAAUCAACCAAAGUUCUCUACAGACUUUAUUUUUGUACAAUAUUCAUUUUAUAACUUUUUACAAAAUAAAACUCAUUUCUAUUGUUA